AACAUUAUUCUUUUUUAAUACAAUAUAAUAAAGGACUGUGUUUUCUUCACCCAUGAAGAGAGCAAUGCCGUGGAGUGAUGAUGAGGUUGAUGUUAUCUCUUCUGAUCAAUCUUCUUCAGAAGCAGAGGCGGAUGAUAAUGAUGGAACCAGUAAUUCGCCUAUUGAGCAACCACCCCCAAGAAUUGUCCCCUCAAGGUACUUUCAAGACAUGGGUUUCAUCUCGCUUUUGUUUGAGUCUACAAAUUUCUCAUUUUCUGUCCGGUUCAUGUCCUCUUACUGUCUUGCUCUUGGCAAGAAAGCAACAUUUGACUGUAACAAUGGUAUGUUGAUGAAAGGGGCAGAAUUCUAUCAGCAGUAUAUGAAGGCAGUGCCGGUCCCAGCACAGUGGGGCUCUGUCAUUCCAUUUACAUCAUGGAUGGGAUUAGGUAGAUUGAUCAAGCAAUUAUAUGGUCAACCCUUGCAUUACCUCACCAAUGUUCUCCUAAAACGGUGGGACCAACUGAGAUUUGGAAACGAGGAUGAAGACAUGACUCUGGAUAUCAUUGUUCGUCCUUGUGAAGCUGAAGCCACCAUCUGGCUCAUUGAAGAAGCCCAUCGGCUAACCACAUCUUCCCAUCACAUAGCUAAACUCUGGCUGUCAGAUCCAAUGCAUGAUGCUUUUGUUGAUCCCAUCUUUCCUGAGUUGUGAUGUUUCAUGUGUUCACUUCUAACUCUGCUUGCUGAUUCUGUGUAAGGUUUCUUACAAAUCAACAGAACCUUAAGCUGCUAAAACCUCAUCUUUUCUUUGGGACAACUGAAGGUGCUGGACCUCUAUAUUUGGUUGAGUUUUCGAUUUGAAGAUUCUUUCCC